GGUUGAGGGCUCGGACAAUUUGAAAAUACAGUAGUUGGUUUCCCUGCACCCGACCCGCUUCGUUUGCCAUCCCAGCACGCCUAUCGGAUCUGAGUGGAGAAGUUGUCCGCUGCUUGGGGUCUCCCUCUCUAUACGCCUAACACUUACCUAUAUUUCUAGAACAUUUAAUAUAAUUAACAAAAGAAAAGGAGGAAAGGAAAGGAAACAUUACUGGGUUACUAUGCACUUGCGACUGAUUUCUUGGUUUUUUAUCAUUUUGAACUUUAUGGAAUACAUCGGCAGCCAAAACGCCUCCAGGGGAAGGCGCCAGCGAAGAAUGCAUCCUAACGUCAGUCAAGGCUGCCAAGGAGGCUGUGCAACGUGUUCAGAUUACAAUGGAUGUUUGUCAUGUAAGCCCAGACUAUUUUUUGUUCUGGAAAGAAUUGGCAUGAAGCAGAUUGGAGUGUGUCUCUCUUCAUGUCCAAGUGGAUAUUAUGGAACUCGAUAUCCAGAUAUAAAUAAGUGUACAAAAUGCAAAGCUGACUGUGAUACCUGUUUCAACAAAAAUUUCUGCACAAAGUGUAAAAGUGGAUUUUACUUACACCUUGGAAAGUGCCUUGACAAUUGCCCAGAAGGGUUGGAAGCCAACAACCAUACCAUGGAGUGCGUCAGUAUUGUGCACUGUGAGGCCAGUGAAUGGGGUCCUUGGAGUCCAUGCAUGAAGAAAGGAAAAACAUGUGGUUUCAAAAGAGGGACUGAAACACGGGUCCGAGAAAUAACACAGCAUCCGUCAGCAAAGGGUAACCUGUGUCCCCCCACCAGUGAGACAAGAAAGUGUACAGUGCAAAGAAAGAAGUGUCAGAAGGGAGAACGAGGAAAAAAAGGAAGGGAGAGGAAAAGAAAAAAACCUAAUAAAGAAGAAAGUAAGGAUGCCAUACCUGAUAACAAAGGUCUGGAACCCAGCAGAGAAACUCCAGAACAACGAGAAAACAAAGACAGACAGCAGCAGAAGAAGCGAAAGGUCCAAGAUCAGCAACAGAAAUCGGUAUCGGUCAGCACUGUACAUUAGAGGGUCCCAUGAGAUCGUUGUAAACUCAUGAUGCUGCUAUUUCAACCAGAUGCCCAGGACAGGUGCUCUAGCCAUUAGGACCACAAAUGGACAACGUGUCAGUUACUGCUCUGUCUCAACAACAUUCCAGAUAGUUGCUAUAUUCUUUGUACAAGCAUAGCAAACAACAAAGAGCCAAAAGUUCAAAGAAGGGAUGUUUUCAAAUGGCUAUCUAACACGCUUCUGUGCAUUUCUAAGGACAAGAAAUUUUGUAUAUAAUUAUCAAUAGGCUAUAAGAUGUAACAACAUAAUGAUGACAUUUGGAGAGCGACAUCUUUUACCUAUAAAAAUAAUUUUUCAAGCUAUUGCUUUAAGAAGCGAAAGAUAGUUCUGCAAAUUUGAAGAGGCAAUAUCCCUUCAAAGUCAAUAAGAGAUCAGGAAAGAGAAACAUCUUUCAAAGAACAGUGUUGUUUUGUCCAGGAGAUCUAGAGAGUGCUCAGACAUUAGGGCCCGGCAUUUGGAAUAAUAGGAAUUAUCACCACCGAAACGACCGUUUUCAGAUUGGUUCUAUUGCCUUCACCCUGUCCUUCGGCAAGAAACAUGAGAGUGUACACCAGAGUUAAGCAUACUGUGUGGGAUUGGAAAAAGGCAAAAUGUGGAAGAAACCAUAGCGUUGGAGAUGACUUAUGUGCUUUACAAAACUGUGAAGGGUUGUGAUUACCUGGAACAGGUCUCUAAUCGAUGUCAGCACUGUGUGGUUCAGCCUCUGCUACCCCUUGAGUUAUAUAAGUCUGUAAACAUGUACUUGUAAGUUCCAAAAGCAAAAUCAUACUUAUUAGAAGAAAAUUCUGAUUUCACAGAAAAACAAAAACUAGAGCAAGGAGACGAGAACAUGUUUGCAAAGUCAUGUGUUUUCUGCAGGAAAAACAAUUUUAUUACCACCUGGAACUAAAACGGGAUACUACUUUCUAACAAGGUGUAUCUAGUAGGGGGGAAAGCCACCACAAUAAAUAUAUUUGUUGAUAGUUUUUAAAGUUUUGUUCAUUUUGUUUUAUUGGAAAAUUGUUACUCUUACAGACUCAUGAAUUAGGAAAGGGGAUUCUAUAUCCUAUGUAAUCUGAACAUACUACAUUUCUCGAUGUUUGCUUUUGGAAUCCACCUUUUGUAAGUAGAUAGAGAUUUACUUAUAGCAUAUUAGGAGGUAUUUAUUCAGCUUUUCCCUUAAUCAACAAAAUUCUAAUUCUAGAUGCAUAGGCCUCCCGAAAUGAUUUCACAGCUCCCCCUUCACUACUUAGAAACUAGCAU